UAAGAGGUAAAAGAGGUGAAAUAACUUUGAGCAACUUUCAUGUUUAGUUUGUAAAACGGUAAAUUUUACACGAGGGGAAUAUAGACAUUGUUUGAUAAAUAUGCAGGACUUAGUGGCACCCGUUACCCACAUCAAAUUUGAUUUGGAAGUAGCCCUUGAACAGCAAUUGGGGUCACAGCCACUUCCAUUCCCUGGGAUGGACAAAUCUGGAGCAGCAAUAUGUACAUUUUAUCUCAGUAAUGUGUGUAGUAAGGGGACAGCCUGCCCCUAUAGACAUGUUAAAGGAGAUAGGACAGUGGUAUGUAAACAUUGGCUCAGAGGACUCUGUAAAAAGGGAGAUGACUGCGAAUUUCUCCACGAGUUUGACAUGAGUAAAAUGCCUGAGUGCUACUUCUUCUCCAAGUUUGGUGAGUGUAACAACAAAGAGUGCCCUUUCCUUCACAUUGACCCCUCGGCCAAAAUAAAAGACUGUCCCUGGUAUGACAGAGGAUUCUGCAGACAUGGACCGAACUGUAAAAAUCGUCAUGUCAGAAGAGUUUUGUGUCAGUGCUAUCUCAAUGGUUUCUGCUUGGAAGGACCUAAGUGUAAAUAUAUGCAUCCCAGUUUUGAUAUUCCUGUCUUUGAACAGCAGACAACCAGCAAGAAAGUUAACAUAGUUUGUCAUUUCUGCUCUGAACCCGGUCACAAAGCACUGAGCUGUCCAAAGAUGAAAACAGAUUAUAAAAUUUUCAUAAAUGUUAUCCAGACCACAAUGGACAGUACUUCACAGCCUGGGACUGGUCACAAUGUGUAUCUCCCCUACAAACCACUCACCAGUCACGAUAACUAUGUAGAUCCAAGACGACCGCUUGACCAAGUUACUUGCUUCAAGUGUGGAGAGAAAGGACAUUAUGCCAAUAAGUGUCCAAAGGGUCAUUUAGCAUUUUUAGCCUCAUCUUCAGGAAGUUGACCUUGCAAGAACUCCUUCUUGGAAUAUCAAUUUGUACUGUAUAAAACUGAUUGCAAAAGACUUGACAGCUUUUGUCCAAAGCUUUUCAUUGUGACUGAUUUUCGUACUGAAAAGUAUAAAUGUAAAACAUUGAGAAGUGAAGGAAUUGUCUGAUUGUAUAUUGUAAAUAUGUAAAAUUCAUUGAAAUA